UCGACUUCCGCAGCAAGACCGGCAUGAUCCGAAGGACCAGAGGUUAUCAACCACCCCCUCCCAACGCGGGGGCCAAGGUCCGGGCCCGGGGCUUACCCCACCUGCCCACUCCGCACGCACGCCGGCUCAGCUCCAGCCUUCCCCGCAUUCCACCACGAUAAGGCUUAUCACGAUGGCCUCUCCUAUGGUCUCCCUCCCGUUGUCUGACCCCGGAAAACCAGAUUCCGUUUCACAUGGCAAGAUGGCAAAAACUGUGUCCAGUGCUACCCUACCUACCACACUUCCCACGGAGGUUUUCGCGUGUUCACGUGUCCUCCACGUUGAAGUUGACAGAGCACAUGCUUAACCGCGCCAGUCAAGAUUGACAGCUCGCAUGAAUGCACCAGUCCAUGCGUCUGAGCUGCGUCUGAGUACCGAUGUGACAUCUGGCCAUCCAAUUGGGUUGCCUCCGUCUGCACCGGUCGAUAGGCUACCAGGUAAGUCGGAUGUUAGGCAGGAGUGGCAGGCGGGGGAAAAGCUGCGGUCGGUGAAGGCAGGCAUGGCCCGGAACUUAAAACGCAACGUAACCUUACUCCCAUGUUUCUUUCCUUUUUGUUGUUCUUGUGCUCGCAGAUAUCCUGUAAUUGAAGGCCCAUCAUGAGACGACAAGAGACACCAGAACAGACACAGGACACCAUGGUGGCCACCACCUUAGCCCAGGACGACUCCCCGUUCUUUUCCCUCCUGCCACCGGAGAUUCGGGAGUUAAUUUACCAGGACAUCUGGAGCGAGAGUGGUUCAAGGCAACACAUAUACAAGGAUAACGACAAGUGGUCUCAUGUUCCCUGUGUGGCAGACUACUCCACUGGAGAUACUCGUUUUGAGAAAUUCACCCAGAGUGCCAGAGGAUCGCAGGAGGAGUACUACUGGGUGAAGCGGUUGAAGUCGGAAUGGUGUUAUCACUGGUGCUGCGAGCAGUCGACAGCCAAAUGGCACAGGGCCCAAAACCCCAACGACUCGUGGAGGGAGGAGAAUGUCGGACAUGCCGGGCCCAGCGGCUUCAUGAACCCCAUGCUGGUGUGUAAAAGGAUGUACCGCGAAGCCCUCCCCUCCCUCGUCGCCAACACCACCUUCGUCUUCACCGACCUCCUCGAAGCACACGGAUGGCUCUCCCUCUACGGCGGCAACCCCGAAAAGCUCCCCAUCCGCUCCCUCGAAAUCUGCAUCCUCACCACCCAGCUCAUGACCGAGCUCUACUUCCCAACCUCGGAAGAAAACGAAGGCCCCAACCCUACCUUUGGCCACGGCAACAGCAGCAACGGUCGCAGCGAGGACUCCCACCCCGGCAUCACGAUGCACUCCAACCCCUGGCAGCGCGUCUGCGACCAGCUCGCCCUCCUGCCCAACCUGCACAGCCUCCACAUCUGGUUCCACACGAGGGACCUCCGGGACUGGCACAAGCGCAUGAGCGAAACCCGCUUCUUCGCCAAGCUCUUCAACGUCAAGGUCAAGGACAGGAACCAGUUUGUCUUGGCCCUCCCGGACCUGCCCCUCAAGCCAAAGCGUGGACUGCCCAGCCACCACUUUUUUGAGAACGAGACCUUGGAGGGCGCACCGUUUGUGGUUGAGAGGGGACCGAGACCGAAUAAUUGGCGAGUGCAUCUGAUGGCUUCGGGGUUGAGGGGCCCAUGAUGUUUCAGCGAAAAGCGUUUUGAGGAAAACUAACCAUGGGCAUUUCUAUCUAGGUUACUGGAAGAAGCUAUAUUCCGGACUCGUGUAAACAGCUGGUCCUCUCUUGGCCCAGAAGCAGGAGGGCGUAUUUUCCUUGAAAUUGCCAGAAUGUGGGGGCUCGGCGGAUCAAGCUCAAGCGUCUAGCUGGAGUUGUGUGCUAGGUACUGUUGACAUGAAGCAUGAUUAGACAUCACAUCAUUUUUUGGCGGGAAGAAAAACCUCAAAUCCAGUCAAGUCUUG